AUGGGCAUCGAAACAGUUGAGUAUGCCUUCCUCAUCAUUUUCACAAUUGAGACCUUUCUGAAGAUUAUCGCUUAUGGUCUGGUGAUGCACCAGAAUGCGUAUGUGCGAAACGGUUGGAACAUGCUGGAUUUCGUCAUUGUCGUCAUAGGACUCUUCAGUGUUGUCUUGGAGCUUUUGACCAAAGAGGAGAAGUCGGAAGGCGAAGGAGAUACUAACCAUCCGUCAAUGCACGGACAUGGGGGUAAACCAGGUGGAUUUGACGUUAAAGCCCUUCGAGCCUUCCGUGUAUUGCGACCCCUGCGGCUGGUCUCAGGAGUACCCAGUUUACAGGUGGUGUUGAACUCCAUCAUUAAAGCCAUGGUCCCUCUCCUUCACAUUGCCCUCCUGGUUUUGUUUGUCAUUAUCAUCUAUGCUAUUAUUGGCCUGGAGCUUUUCAUCGGUAAAAUGCACGCAACCUGCUUUAUUCCUGGUACAGAUAUGAUAGCAGAAGAGGAAUCAGCUCCAUGUGCAAUCUCAGGGCAUGGGCGCCAAUGCCCCGUCAAUGUCAGCGAGUGCAGGGAAGGCUGGCAAGGUCCCAACGGUGGCAUCACCAACUUUGACAACUUCCUGUUUGCCAUGCUAACUGUGUUUCAGUGUAUCACCAUGGAGGGCUGGACGGACGUGCUGUAUUGGGUCAAUGACGCCAUCGGAUGGGAAACACCUUGGAUUUAUUUUGUUAGCCUGAUCAUACUGGGCUCCUUUUUCGUGUUAAACCUUGUAUUAGGUGUGCUAAGUGGAGAGUUCUCCAAGGAGAGAGAAAAGGCCAAAGCCCGUGGAGACUUCCAGAAGCUGCGUGAGAAGCAGCAGCUAGAGGAAGAUCUCAAGGGUUACUUGGACUGGAUCACUCAGGCUGAAGACAUCGACCCCGACAACGAGGAUGAGGCCGAUGAGGAGAGCAAACGCAACCGUAAGCACCGUCUCCUGCUCCCUCCGUCAUGCAGCUAAGAGUGAUGCUGCGCUGGCAUCACAAGCACCAUUCAGUACAGCAAAUCUGUUCCUGCCGUUAAGUAAAAUGUCCAUUAGUAUUUAUUAUUGUUGGCUUGAGAGGGCUGUGAUUUCUGCCAG